AUGGCUGGGCCGGGAGACGCCAAGGUGGCACAGUCCUUGAAGGUGGCGCUCAACGCUAUCGACGCCGCGGAGCCGCAGCUGAGGGAGCUCAACCAAACCAUCCACGAGCACCCAGAACUGGCGUACCAGGAAUUCUUCGCUGUCAAGACCAUUUCUGAGUUUCUGAAAACCGAGGGUUUCACCGUCACGGACAAGGCCUACGGCCUCGAAACGUCCUUCACCAGCGAGGUCGGCAGCGGGGGUCCCCUGGUGAUCUUCUGCGCCGAGUACGAUGCCCUGCCCGGCAUCGGCCACGCGUGCGGCCACAAUCUGAUCGCCACGUCGUCCAUCGCCGCCUUCCUCGGCGCCGCAGCCGCUCUCAAGGCCUCGGGCAUCCCCGGACGACUACGUCUGCUGGGCACACCGGCCGAGGAGGGCGGUGGGGGUAAGUGCAAGCUGAUCGACGCGGGGGCGUUUCGGGACGACCACGGCGUCGCCGCCGCGAUCAUGGCGCACCCGGUGACGGGCCACCAGUUCCGGGGCGGGUACACGGGGCUCGCGGGGCUGAAGUUCAUCGCGUCGCACAAGUUCCGGGUCGAAUACCGCGGCCGCCAGGCGCAUGCGGCGGGCGAGCCGUGGAACGGGGUCAAUGCACUGGACGCCGCCGUUGCAGCCUACAACAAUGUCUCGCUGCUGCGCCAGCGCAUGCGGCCCGAUGAGCGCGUCCACGGUGUCGUCGAGGAUGGAGGGACCGUUCCAAAUGUCAUACCUGCCUAUACGCGCAUGAACUGGUACGUGCGCGCCCCCAGUAUGGACGGGGCCGACAAGCUGCUCGACAAGGUCCACAAGUGCUGCGAGGCCGCGGCGGCCGCCACAGGCUGUGAGAUCAAAUAUAUUCGCGCCCCAACGUACAAGAACCUGCGGGUCAAUCUGCCCCUGUGCAAGCAAUACGUCGAGGACAUGGCGACGAUCGGGGAGAAGAUCAUGGUCAAGAACGACGAGUCAUACACGGCGUCGACGGACAUGGGAAACGUCUCGUUCGAAGUGCCCAGCUUCCACGGUGCCUUCCCCAUUCCUACGGAGCCAGGCGUGUCGAUGCACCACCCGGGCUUCGCGGGCCACGCGGCGACGGAUGAGGCGCAUCGCGCGGCGAUCCAGUGCGCCAAGGGCAUGUCGAUGCUGGCGCUACGCGUGCUCACGGACCCGCAGCUUGCGGAGGCGGCAAGGAAGGACUUUGAGGAUUUUGAGGACGAACAUUGA